AUGGCACCCGCACGCAAACUCCAAGUCGCCAUGUCAGGCCUCGGCCGCAUGGGCGCCCGCCACGCCCUGAACUUCCACGAACGCACUCCUCGCGCCGAACUCGUGGCCGCCUUCACCCCAGAACCCAGAGAAGCAGCCUGGGCAAAGACGCACCUCGAAGGCGUAGUCAUCUACACAGAUUUCGACGAAAUGCUCAAGCAUCCAGGCUUGGAAGCCGUGGUCGUGGCAACGGUGACCACAGCACACGCAUCCCAAGCCAUCGCAGCCAUCAACGCAGGAAAACACGUACUCUGCGAAAAACCACUCAGCACGUCGGUGGAGAUUUCUCAAUCGGUGGUGGAUGCGGCGAACAAACAUCCUCACUUGAAAGUGCUGUGUGGCUUCUCCCGCCGCUUCGAUGCUUCCUACCGUGACGCCUUCGCCCGUAUGGAUACAGGCAGCAUAGGCCGCCCAGCAAUUUUCCGCUCCCAAACCUGCGAUAAACUCGACCCAUCAGGCUUCUUCGUCGACUACGCUCAAUUCUCCGGCGGCAUCUUUGUCGACUGCAAUAUCCAUGAUAUCGAUCUCGCACUGUGGUAUUUCGGCCAGGAUUCGUUGGUCAAGAGUGUUUAUGCCGUUGGCGUUACGGCUGUGCAACCGGGUCUCAAGAAGUGGAAGGAUGUGGAUAAUGGUGUUGGUGUGGUGGAGUUUUGGGGAAACAAGAUUGCUUACUUGUACUCGUCGCGUAUGAUGGCGGCUGGUCAGCAUGAUAUGACUGAGAUCAUCGGAACCGAGGGAAAACUCUCCGUCAACGCAAACCCCUCUGGCACCCUUGUCGAAAUGUCCGAAGCUACUGGUAUCCGCAGAGAAAUCCCUGGAGACUACUAUGGACGCUUCUAUGAGGCUUUCGUCAGAGAAGCCAAUGAGUUUACUGCUACGUGCUUGGAUGACACAAAGUUGCCUUUUAAGUUGAGCGGUGCUGUGCAGGCGGUCAAGAUUGGCUGUGCUUUGCAAGAGUCGCUGAACAGUGGAAAGAAGAUCGAGUUCGACGAGACCGGUCGUCGUAUUGAGCAGGCUUCUUUGUAA